GAUGACAGCGAAGUAUGUUUUUAUGACGCUGAUCAACGCGGCUUUCCUUUGCCUGGCAUCCACGAUACUCUCCGAAUCGGCUGGGGCAUCUUGCAAGUGGUUGUCCGAGGGUGGUAACGACACGCGGUCCGCGGACUGCAACCUACGCGUGUUAGAUCCUGGCGCAAUUACAAGCUUAAUCUCCUCUCUCGACGGUGCUCUGAAAUUAAGGAUACGGUGCAGUGACGUUCAUCAUUUCGAGAGCAGCCUUAACGCGCAAAGCUGGCAACGUUUGACCAGCUUGCACGAGCUCCACGUGCAUGGGUGUAAAGUGUUACGUAUACAGGACGGUGCGUUUCAACCUCUUCUCGAGCUCAAAAGACUGACAGUGCAAACGUUCAACGCCAUAUGGGGAGCAAGCCGUUUUCUCGAACUAACCCCAAAUUCUCUCCUCGGUUUGCGCGAACUUCACACCUUAGAGAUUAUCGAGAGCAACGUUCAAGCGUUACCGGUGAAUCUACUCUGCGGACUGGACAAUCUGCAAACGUUGAACCUGACGGGGAAUCGUUUGCGCGACAUGAACGACAUCGGUUUGAAUCGCCGCGACGAUAAGUUACCAACCGACGGUACAGAGGAGACGUCGUGUCGCGCUGACAUACGGUUUCUAGACCUCUCGCGUAACGAUAUCAGCCGUCUCGAAGAAAACAGUCCGCUGCUCGGUCUGCGCCAACUCCAAGAGCUCUACCUACAGAGAAAUCAGAUCCUCGAAAUUGCAACCGACUCGCUCACCGGUCUCUCCGCGUUGCAUAUCUUUAACGCCAGUUGUAACUCGUUGGAAUCGUUGCCGGAAGGGCUGUUCGCCAGUACGAGGGACCUUCGACAGAUACACCUGGCGUACAACGAGCUGCGCGACCUGCCCAAGGGGAUAUUCACUCAGUUGGAGCAGCUGCUGAUUCUCGAUCUAGCCGGGAAUCGACUGUGCAGCGAUCAGGUCGACGAGACGACGUUUCUCGGUCUGAUCCGGCUGAUCGUACUCGACUUGUCUUACAACACGUUAACGUACAUCGACGCUCGCAUGUUCAAGGAUCUGUUCUUCCUUCAGAUUCUCGAUCUACGGAACAACACGAUCGAUCGGAUCGAGAGCAACGCCUUUCUACCUCUCUACAAUCUACACACCCUCGAGCUCUCCAACAACAAGCUUCACACCGUGGGAGCGCAGCUAUUCAACGGUCUGUUCGUACUGAAUCGACUCACGUUGUCCGGCAACUCGAUCGCGAGCAUCGACCCGCUAGCGUUUCGCAACUGUUCCGAUUUGAAGGAACUGGAUCUGAGCGGUAACGAGCUUACGUCCGUGCCCGACGCCCUCCGCGACCUCGCUUUGUUAAAAACCCUCGAUCUAGGCGAGAACCGUAUCAGCAAUUUUUACAACGGCUCGUUCCGUAAUCUCGAUCAGCUCACCGGUCUCCGUUUGAUCGGCAACGACAUCGGCAAUCUCUCCCGCGGCAUGCUCUGGGAUCUCCCGAAUCUACAGAUUCUGAACUUGGCGAGAAACAAGGUGCAGCACGUCGAGAGGUACGCGUUCGAAAGGAACAGUCGUCUCGAAGCGAUACGACUCGACGGUAAUUUCCUCUCGGAUAUAAACGGCGUUUUCACAAGUAUAGCCAGCCUAUUGCUCCUGAAUCUCUCGGAGAAUCACAUCGAAUGGUUCGACUACGCCUUCAUACCAGGCAACCUCAAGUGGCUAGAUAUACACGGGAACUUCAUCGAGAAUUUGGGCAACUACUACGAGAUCCGUGACUCGAAGGUGAAAACAUUGGACGCCAGUCACAAUCGUAUCACAGAGUUGUCCCCUUUGUCCGUUCCAGCUAGCGUCGAGCUGUUGUUCAUAAACAACAAUUACAUCAGCGUGGUGCGACCGAACACGUUCACGGACAAGGUGAACCUGACCAGGGUGGACAUGUACGCGAACAUGAUCGAGAUGAUGGAGUUGACGUCGUUGCUGUUGACCAAGGUGCCGGAGGAACGAGCCCUGCCGGAAUUCUACAUCGGUGGCAAUCCUUUCAACUGUAACUGCUCGAUGGACUGGCUGCCCGCGAUCAACAAUCAAACAUCGACCAGGGAGUAUCCGCGCAUUAUGGAUCUGGACAAUGUGAUGUGCGGCACAUCCGGGCCACGCGGCGUAGCGAUAGUGUCCGCCUCGUUGGCACGAUCCGAGCAGUUUCUCUGCCGCUACGAGGCCCAUUGUUUCACCCUAUGCCAGUGCUGCGACUUCGACGCGUGUGACUGUGAGAUGACCUGCCCGGCCGGCUGCAAGUGUUACAACGAUCGCACGUGGAACACGAACGCCGUCGACUGUUCCGGAUUGAACGUGGACGAGAUACCACGUCGGAUACCGAUGGACGCGACCGAGGUUUAUCUGGACGGUAACGUGUUGCGCGAGUUACAAAAUCACGUCUUCAUCGGCCGUAAGAACAUGCGCGUGCUUUACGUGAACGCGAGCGAUAUCGAGUCGAUACAGAAUCGCACGUUCAACGGUCUGAACAACCUGCAGAUCCUCCAUCUCGAGGACAAUCGGAUACGCGAGCUGAAGGGAUUCGAGUUCGAGCGUCUCUCCCAUCUCCGUGAGCUCUAUCUCCAGAACAAUCUGAUCGGGUUUAUCGGUAACCUGACGUUCCUGCCGUUACGCUCCCUCGAGAUACUGCGAUUGAGCGGUAAUCGAUUGGUCACCUUUCCUGUCUGGCAGGUCACGCUGAACGCACGACUGGUCGAGCUGUCUCUCGGUAGCAAUCCGUGGUCCUGCCGUUGCAAGUUCUUGCAAGAAUUGUCCUCGUGGGUCUCCGAUAACGCGCACAAAGUGGUGGACGCGAGCGACGUUUGGUGUUACUACGGCGGUGACGCCAGGCCGGCUUACCGGCGCAGAUUGAACGUGAACGAGACCUUAUGCUCCGAUUAUUUCUCUCAGGGCGGAGUGAUCGAGAGUAUCAUGGUCUCUGAUUACCUACCGCUGGUAGCCGCCACGCUGUCCGCUGUGCUCGUGCUUCUCUUGAUCAUAGUCCUCGCGUUCAUAUUCCGAGAACCGGUCGGUGCCUGGGCGUACUCCAAGUACGGGCUACGAUUUCUACGCACAAAGCCCGGCAAGUCGACUGGAACCGCGACGAUGCCGUCCGCGGCGCCUAUGACCGCCUGCUGCGACACCGACCGCGAACGCCUCUACGAUUGUUACGUCUGUUACAGUCCGAACGACGAGGAUUUCGUGCUGCACUCGUUGGCGGUAGAACUGGAACACGGCACGGCAGGUCUAAGAUUGUGUUUGCAUCAUCGCGAUCUACCGUGCGUAUUACGCGCCUCCGCGCCCGCGGUCGUCCUCGAAGCGGUGGACGCGUCGAGGCGCGUCUUGAUCGUGCUCACGCGUAACUUCCUGCAAACCGAGUGGUCCCGGUUCGAGUUUCGAGAGGCCCUCCACGAGGCUCUGCGCGGCCGUGCCGCACAGUUGAUCGUGGUACAGGCGGGACACGCGUGUUCGGAAGUGGAGCGAGAUCACGAGCUACGGCCCUACCUUCGUACCGCGUCCGCGAUACUCACGUGGGGCGAGAAGAGGUUCUGGGAACGUCUACGGUACGCGAUACCACCGGCGAACACCAUGGCCGAUAUAUCGAUGGAGAGCAAAUCGUCGCCGUUGGUCUACAAGCGUAACAUCAACACGUACACGUUGGACGGCGUCGGCAGCGAGAAGACCAGCAUGUCGACGUUACGGUCACAGGAACGGCAACGAGCGUUGUUCAAAGACUCGUCACCGACGACCGCGUUGAUGUUGCAACACGCUCCGCCCGCUUAUUCCUGCGGCACGGUCUCCGUGCCGCAGCAACAACAACCGCCACCUUCGUCACCGCAGCCGAGGCUGACCGUCAAUCACGCCUACCGAGAUGCGGUCAACGUACCAGGUAGCAAUCUCAUCGCGACGAACACAACGAUGAGCAGCGGUAGCAGCGAAGAUCACAGAAGACCAUUGUCCGAGCACAUAUACUCCUCGAUCGACUCGGAUUAUUCCACGCUGGAGAGAACCGCCUGGAGACACCAACAACCGCCGCCUCCACCGCCGCCACCAUCUUCCGGUCAAGCGUAUCUCGUCUAG